AUGGCCUGCAGAAGCAUCGUGCUGCGGCUUCGCACGCGUGAAGGCCACAGCCGCAUCGCAGUGCCUGCCGGCGCCUCACUCGCUUGCGUACAGGAGAGAGUCGCCGAGCAGCUGCAGGUGCCUCAAGACAAACUCGAGAUCUUCCUCGACCAGGAGCACGCGCAGCGUCUGCCUCCGUCGACUCACGUGACCCUGGCGAGCGCAGGGCUCGCAAACGGGACGAUGCUUUUCGUCAGAACUGCCGAUGCGACCCCGAAGAUCUCUGCGGGGAGUCUCCCCCGCGCGGCGCACAUGACCACGGCCGACCUGCCCCCCGAGACCAAACCGAAGGAGAAUGCCGGGGCUUCGAGCUCUGCCUCGUCGUCCCCAGCCCCCCGUAGCGCCCAGCCAACAGCCGGCGGCGCCAGCGCGGGCUCGUCGGGCGAGAGCGCCGUGGCUGGCGUCAACUUCAAAGCCUUCGACGCGUUUCUGCGCGAGCGGAAGUUCGCGGUCAACGACCUGCCGGGGUGCACCUCCUACAAGCCCCGGGUCCUCGAGGCUGGGCGGAUGAACAAGAUUCCUGCGACAGUGACACUGAAGCACCAAGUGUACAGACACGUGGACCAUCUGGAGAUGAUGAACGUCGACGAAGUGAAGAAUUUUGUGCAGUUUUGGCAGCAAGAUCUACAAAUGCUUCAGCAGCGAUUCGGGUACAUGUUUGGCUACUACGUCGAAGACCCGCACUACCCCGACGGCAUCCGCGCCGUCUGCGAGGCGAUCUACGAGCCGCCGCAGGACAACAGUUUGAUGUCGAUCGACGUGAAGAAGGAUGACGAGGAAAUCAAAAUUGCAGAAAAGAUCGCUGAGCGACUUGGCCUCGAACCUAUCGGAUGCAUCUUUACGCACGCCCCGAGGGAGGAGCUGCUCACGGCGGACGAAGUUGUAGACCUCGCAAAGAUGCAGUUGGAGCGUCAGUUUCAUACACACUACACUGGCUACCCCAUGAGCAAAUACGUCUGCUGCACGGUGUCGCUCGACAAGUCCACGCGCGACGGAGAGGCCGUUCCCAACGCCUUCAUGGUCUCAGACAUGGGUACGGCUCUCGUACGAGACGGGGUCAUCUGCGACAGGCAGCCCGACGAUACGCACAUUCAGCUGCGCGCUCCAGCCAAGGGCGAGCUGCUUCCUCAGAUUCUUGAGUCUGGGAGAGAAACGACCAAGUUCGACGCCAGCUGGUUCAUUGUGCGCGUAAAUGAGUCUGCGCCUCGCAAGGUUCGUUCGUUUUUCUGCUCAAGCAGUUUCCCGCGCGCGAAUCGGCUGGUUCAUCAGACGCCGAGAGACAUCACGGACCACCUCAAUCGCGCAGCCGCUCUCGCGGGCACCGGCGCACAUGCCAAGAAAGAGAACUGGAAGCGCUUCGCAGACUUCCAUCUCCUUCUGUACGUCGCGAGGCUCUUCGAUCUGGAUACGGCUUUCAGCAUUUGCGACUGUGUGCGCAACAGGGAAACCGUGGACGAGGGUCUCGAAGAUACACUCAAGUCUUUGGGCUAG